AUAACAUUUUGUUUUUCUUUUUACAAAAAUUUUGUAUUUUAUAACUAAACAAUCUAUUAAAACAAAAUUCAUAUGAUAAAUUUUAAAUCAUCAAAUUACGUAGAUUAGUUGGAUUACCAAACAUUUUGCCAAAUGUUUAUUUUGCCACAUAAAUUCCAAUUCCAACCUCAAAACCAAACAAUAACUCCAACAACAUGAAUUUUCGUGCAGAGGAUCCAGGAGCCGUACAAUUUGGUAAUUUUAUCAAUUACUAUCAAUUCCACUCCGCGGAAGACCGUAUAGCGUUGAUACCAAGCGAUGUAUGGUUGACACCAGCCGAGCCACAAGCAUACAAUGAAUCCCCCUAUCUUGUUCUCGAUGUGGGUUGCAAUGCUGGUGAUGUCACCCAAUUGCUCCUACCGUACCUUUCAAAUCAUCUUAACCGAGAAGUCCAAGUGCUUGCAAUAGACAUAGAUCCCACUCUUAUCAAAAGAGCUCAGGAAAACAACAAAUCACCACAGAAAAUCGAAUUCUCUUGUGUAGACAUCAUGCACGAUGACUUAUCCAAUAUAGACACCUUCCUAAAAGCUCAAAAUGCUACCAAAUUUGAUGUAGUUUGUUGCUUUUCGAUCACCAUGUGGAUCCACCUGAACCACGGCGAUCAAGGUCUUCAAGAUUUCCUCACCAAAUGCUCUAGUAUUGCCAAACUCUUGGUCAUCGAACCCCAACCCUGGAAAUGCUAUCGGACUGCAGUGCGUCGCAUGCGAAGAUCAGCAAACGAGAGUUUUCCAAACUUCGACAAGCUCAAAUGGACAAUGAGUAUAGAAGAUGAUAUCCGACAAUUCCUCGAGAAUCAUCUGGACCUCCGCAUGAUUCACGAAACUGUGCCGACCAAAUGGAUGAGAAGAAUUUGGUUCUAUCGCCAUCGACUCGACAAGCUUAAAACAUCAGCAACUUAGACUUAAAGAUUAUAAUUAGGAUACUUUAUUAGUUAUUUGUACAGUUAUAAUUUUGAUGUAAUAGGUAUAGUAAUCGAAAGGGUAUUUGUUUGUUUGUUUUUAUACAUAAUACUUAAAAAUAAACUAAUUACGAAU